AUCGCCCCAUGUGCACACGAACGCGAGUCGACUGCAAGUGUGCGCCGCCGACCACCGCGACUGACUUUUUCAACCCCACGACAUGGAGGACGGUCGACAUGUCCUGGACCAUUGGGACAUGUAGGGUCCACUUGUUGAGAAGCCGCCGUCGGUCGCCGUGGCAGGCGAGAGCUGAGUCCGUUCGCCGACGUCCGCCACCGCAUACAGUCACGGAAACCAUCGCAAACGUGGCAGAACGUGUGCCACCGCCACGACCUCAACAGUCGUUGCGGGUCUCGACCCCAACAAUCGUGUAGUACCGAAUUUGGUCGUCAAGUGUCACCUCUCCCCACAACGAAGUCUUCGUCGCCGUCCAUUUGCCAACAUGCGCGCCGUCGUCGCAUUGGCGGUGGCCGUGUCUGCCAGCCAAAGAGUGCACGAUCGCCACGCUGUGCGGUCCUGCACCAACGUAAGUGUCGUGGGUGAUGCUACAUACUGCGUGCAAGGCGCGAUCUGCGGCGACCAAGGAGACGUGUGCCCCAAGCAGGGCGACGCGGCCGUCGCCGACUGCGUGUCUACUUUGUCGAGCUAUGUCGGCGCGACCGCCACGUGCGUUGCGCCGGCCGACGCCACGUGCCAGAACAUUUCAUCGGGUGCCCGUGGCUGUGUGUUUGGCACCGUGGCCAAGACGUCGACGACUCCAGCUACGACCACGUCGAUCCCGACGGCCGAUGCGGCCUUGACGACGCCGCCGACCACCGGCGCAACCAAGGCCAACUCGUCCAACGUGUGCAGCACCAAGUGGAGCCAAUGCAACGGCCAGAACUGGCCGUUUGGCGUGUGCUGCCAAGACGCUUCGUUCGAGUGCGUGCGCAAAAACGACUACCUGUCGCUGUGCGAGCCCAAGCAGCCCAAGAGGAAGGAGCACAGUGCGGCGGCGGGGACGGUGGCGGCAUGGGAACAGUGCGGCGGGAAAGCGUACCGCGGCGACUCGGUGUGCACGCCUGGCAACGUGUGCCAGGUCAUCAACGAAUGGUUGUCGCAGUGCCAGCCUGCAACGACCGACGACGAAGAGAAUGCCCUUGCCACGUACGCGCAAUGCGGCGGCGUCGGCUUUACCGCGACCAACAAGGUGUGCCGCGACGAUGACACGUGCUUUCAGUACAACGAAGUGUACUCGCAGUGUGUGCCGCGCACGUCGCAGGAGCACCGCCGCGUCGUGCACGGCCGGGGCGACGAAGAGCAAGAACGUCUGGCAAUCCAAAACCUACGAGAUGACCAAAUGCCGCCGUGGCAGGCGACAGACCCGGUCCCGCCCCUUGAACCCGGUCCGUACACGGACGAAGGCGGCCGCAAGCGCACGGAAGGCCGAUGCGCGGGCUACAAGUACUUUGACUGCUGCGAUUACGAUGUCCAGUGCAAUUGGGUGGACGACCUAAACCCGAACUUUGUCUGCGUUCGCGGGCAGUGCCAGCACAAAGACUUGUAGGAGUGAUCUCGUCGAGUGAGGGACCCUCGUCGAGCUAGGUAUAAUCUUCAAGUGGCGUGUUCAGUUGUGGA